UUCUCGCGACAUUCCGUUGUCCAAAGCAGCAUCGUAAUCAAAGAGUAGCUAACAACGUUAACGAAAGGUCGACGGUGUGUACCUUUUCAUUACUCUGUCGUUAAAAGGUUGCAGUUUCGGUGCAGAAGUCGUGACAGCAUGGAUCCCUCUGGUGAACCGAUGUGGGAUGAGCACCAGGCGUACGAGGAGCUGCUGUACUGGGACAGCCUCAUACAGCAGGGACACAGACUCCUCCCGCACGACUUUGAUAGAUAUGAGGAGCUGCGCUACUGGUACGACUGUCUUUGCUAUGAGGAGGAGCUAAGACAGUACCAUGACUAUAUUGCUGCUAUUGAGGAGAUGGAAGAUCAAUGGCAUCAGGAGGAAGCAAGUGAAACUGCAGAAUCCCCAGUGCAUUUGCGGCCAUACGACCGCCAUGUAAUGGCCAAACAUUCUGAGAUCUAUCCAACAGCAGAUGAGCUGGAAUCAGUGCAGACAAUCAUCUCCCAUGUAGAGUAUGGUUUGAAGAACGUCUCUGACCAGAUGGGCACUAGUAAUGGUGACAAAGAACAAACGCAGAUGGAAAGUGAUGAUUCACAAGGCCAGGUCCUGCGUGGAGUCAUGAGGGUGGGCUUAGUGGCCAAAGGACUGCUGCUAAAGGAAGAUAAGGACCUAGAGCUGGUUCUGCUUUCUACCAAUAAGCCCACAAUCACUCUGCUUAUGCAAGUUGCAGAAAAGCUAAUCACAGAGUUGGAGGCUGUUGCACCAGGGAUGUACACGGUAAGCCCAUGCCCUGAAGAUGCAGCCAUUGUUGUUAAAGGCACCGCAGAACCGAGACUGACCCUCAAAGUCCAACUCACAUCCCCUCUUGUCAGGAUUGAGGAAGGAAGUAACGCUCCAGAAGAAGAAACGCGAACAGUCAACGAUCCGCCGGACGUUCUGGACAGGCAGAAAUGCCUUACUGCCUUGGCGUCUCUUCGCCACGCCAAGUGGUUCCAGGCCAAAGUCAGUGACCUCCGUUCUGCUGUUGUUGUGAUUCGGAUAAUGAGGGACUUGUGUAUCCGUGUUCCCACCUGGAUGCCACUCUCAGGAUGGCCUCUAGAGCUGCUGGUAGAGAAAGCCAUAGUCACAUCAGAGAGGCCCCUGGGAGCAGGAGAAGCCCUACGCAGGGUUUUAGAGAGCAUUGCCUCCGGAAUUCUUUUGGAAGAUGGCCCUGGAAUUAAAGAUCCAUGUGAGAAGGAAGUGGUUGAUGCCACUCAAGGCCUGACAGUUCAACAGCGUGAAGACAUCACACAGAGUGCUCAGUGUGCCUUGAGGCUGUGUGCAUUUGGACAAAUGCACAAAGUCUUGGGGAUGGAUGCAAAGCCAAUAAGGCCAAGGAAACCAGUGGGACCCAGAGGAAAAGAUCAGGUCACAGCACCAUCUGGACACUAUGACGCACCAUCAAAGAGGCCUUACUCAGAGGUGGAGACAGAGACAGAUGACCAAGAGCCACAUCUCAACAGCAAACAGAGGAAGUUUCUCAAGUUUCAGAAGCGUUUUCAGAGGAAAUCAAUCUCUGAUGAUUUCAGUAUGAAUGCUGUGAUGCGUCUGAACCAGUACAGACCUGGUCUGGACUACAGACUUACAUCGCAGACAGGUCCAGUCCAUGAGCCAGUCUUCACGAUGGCUGUGGAUGUAAAUGGAAAGACGUACGAAGCCACAGGGCCUUCAAAAAGAGCUGCAAAGCUUAAUGUGGCCACAAAGGUCCUACAGGAUCUUGGACUUCCAACCGGUUCAGACUCCAAAUCAGAUUCCACUGUCGAUACAGAGGGAGGCAAGGAAUUAGGCAAAGCUGCUCCCAUGACCACUUCUACAUCAGAUGACAGUGGCCUGGGUCCAAUCUUAACCAAAAAUGGCAAAAAUCCGGUGAUGGAGCUGAAUGAGAAACGUCGCAGCCUGAAGUAUGAGUUGUCUGCAGAGACGGGGGGCUCCCAUGAAAAGUGCUUCGUCAUGGAGGUGGAGGUUGAUGGGCAGAAGUUCAAAGGUAGAGGCUCCAAUAAGAAAGAAGCAAAGGCCUACGCUGCUCUAGCUGCAUUAGAAAAACUUUUCCCAGAUGACAACGGAGGGGGCAACAGAAAUUUUUCAAAAAAGAAGGUCACCUACACAGAUAUGCACAUCCCUGGCUUUGGUACGAUCCGCGGCAUUCCCUCAGACUCUGGGACCCGUGGCAUGGGCUCCAGCAGAGGUCGUGGCAGGGGCCGGGGGAAACAGUUUACUGCAGGACCCAGCUACAACAAAACCAACUACAGCUAUGAAAGCAGCACUGGCACAAGCUAUCAUAAUCUUUAUGGGUAUAAUGCUGGCAACACUGCAGCCAAAACUAAUGAUAACAGCGGGACAAGCAGUGGUUAUGGAACAUUUUACCCUGAGAGCACUACCUACUCCUCCCCACCUGUAUCCAGCUCCACCUCCAACACCACAAAAGGGGAGAGCUACCAGUCGAUGCCACCUCCUGUUGGUCAGGAGAGUCCGUACAGCUAUGGGUACGGAGAUGAGAAGAAGAGGAUGCUGACGCAGGGACAGGGAGGCGGACAAAGCCAGGACUACACGAUGUACAGUACAACUUACCCCAGUUCAGUGACAGGGGGCCAGGGUUAUAAUAAUUACGCAGGCUGGGGGAACCAGUCAUCCUGGGGGGGUCAGCAGGACUACAACAUGUACCAAGGCUUCGGAGGGCAACAGCAAGGCUCUUAUUCUGGAUACGGUGACACAAAUUACUAAUCCACACGUAAAGAUAUCAACCUCUUUUCAUCAUCUCUGAGAAGUGAACAGCUCCACGAGUUUUGCUCUUCUGUUUACUGCCUUUGUUGAUUGUUCACCUUUUUGUUUUUACUAGAACAUCACUCAGCGUAUCUAUGUGACAUGACUGCAAAAACAUACCUAAUUUAUCACUACGUCUUGUUUGGUUCUGGUGUUCCUUUUGUUUGGUUUUGACUUCUAGGUGCUUGUAGUUUUGAACUGAGGAUGUAUUCAUUUCUAUGUUACAUUAAGAUGCUCUACUCUUUGUUGUAAAAUAAACGAUUCUUAUUUAGAUCAAUGUUUCUGUCUGAAUUAAAGAUGGGUAUAAAUUG